CACAAAGCCACGCCCCCUUCUGCUCCCAAGAAGGAGCGCUGUCGGCGAGGUAGCGGCCAAGGCUGCAUUUGGCGGAGGGAAGGCAGCGGCGCGGGAUCGGAGGAAGGAAGGCACGCAGAAGACUCUUCGCCUCGCGCGGGCCUCCUUGUCUCCCUCCGCCAUGGGCAACACUGUGGCUCGGGAGGACUUCGAAUGGGUUUAUACGGACCAGCCGCACGCCGACCGGCGCAAGGAGAUUCUCAGUAAACAUCCGGAAAUAAAGACCUUGAUGAAACCAGAUUAUAAUGUGGUCUGGUUAACUAUACUGAUGGUGUGUGCUCAGCUGGUUGCACUUUACCUGGUUAAAGAUUUGGACUGGAAGUGGGUUGUAUUUUGGUCCUACGUGUUUGGCAGUUGUCUUGAUCAUUCCAUGACUCUGGCUAUUCAUGAGAUUGCUCACAACAGCGCCUUUGGCAACUGUAAAUCUUCAUGGAAUCGAUGGUUUGGAAUGUUUGCCAAUCUUGCACUUGGCUUCCCAUACUCCAUAUCUUUCAAGAGAUACCACAUGGAUCAUCAUCGUUAUCUUGGUGGUAAUGGAAUUGAUGUGGACAUUCCUACUGACUUUGAGGGAUGGUUUUUCUGCACCCGUUUUCGAAAGCUCCUGUGGAUUAUACUUCAACCCUUAUUUUAUGCCAUUAGACCUCUCAAUAUUAAUCCAAAACCGAUUUCUCGACUUGAAAUCAUCAAUUUCGUAAUUCAGUUUGCCUUUGAUGGUUUGGUAUACUAUUUCCUGGGAAUAAAAUCACUUUUCUAUUUGCUAGCAGGAGCAAUUCUAGGAUUAGGCUUGCACCCUAUUUCAGGACAUUUCAUAGCUGAACAUUAUAUGUUUUUAAAGGGACAUGAAACAUAUUCAUACUAUGGGCCACUUAAUAAGCUUACAUUCAAUGUUGGCUACCACAAUGAACAUCAUGACUUUCCUAAUGUUCCUGGAUCAAGCCUUCCACUGCUGAAGAAAAUGGCCCCCGAAUACUAUGACCACCUGCCACAGUAUAACUCCUGGGCAAAAGUGCUGUAUGACUUUGUGAUGGAUGAUACUAUCAGCCCCUACUCACGUGUGAAAAGGCACCUGAAAGGAGAAGUGAAACAGGAAUAAAUUUAUCAGUAAAAAUGUUACCUUUCCAAACACAUGGGAUUUGAUUUUGUAGUAGCUGGUACAAGGUAUUACUUGACAAAUAUGUAUUGGCUCAAUAUCUUGACCUAGGCUGAAAUAUGAAUAUUUAUAUUGGUACAUUCUAGAACAAGAUCUCUGAAGAAUUGAAAUAUUGCCAGAAAUGUAAUACUCCUGUUUUGCAUUAUGGUUUACUGUUUAAUUUUUCUGUGCUUAUGCUAGUAUUAAUGUUACAUAAUGUGUUUAGUAGCUGUUCACUCAAAAACUAGUUUCUUUAAAUUUUUUAAGUAAGGACAAAAAUUUAAAUAUGCUGUCCAAAACAGUGACAAUACUAUGCCUUAGUUGUCCUUCUAGUAAAGUAUUAUUUUCUAAAAUAUCUAGUUAAAAUAACAAAAUGUUUUCAGUUUGAAGUAGUUUCCCAACAUUUAUGGCUACGAUUUAUUUAAACCUGAGGUAGGCGUUGGUGUAUUUAGGUGCUUACAGUAAUAAAUAGUACUCAUUUUCAGCUGGAAAAUGCAUACCAAAUCCUUGAAGCAUACUCUCCACAACUUACAUGGAACCCCGGCUUUCAAGAGCACAUUCUCUAUAUUAAAUUAAAAUCGGUAUCUCUUCUCCAAGUCUGUUUGCCAGAACAUUAAAGAGUAAUGUCAAACAGAAGCUUCAUCUAAGCUAGACUCAGUACAGAUGGUGUUUUCUUAAGUGGGAGAAGUGGAGUGUUAGUUCUUGACAGGGAGUAGUAAGCUAGUAAAUGUGUACAAGAUCAUCAAUGAACUUAUAAAAUACCUGUAUCCUAAAGGGGAGCACAAGUAAGCUGUUGUACCAAAACUCUGGCACUUAAAGGAAGUCAUAUUUUGACUUAAUUGCACUAAUAUAAAUGUGGCAUACCAUAUUCUUAAAACAUUGGGUAAAAUAGAGGAGUGGGUUUUUGUGUCACAGCACACCUACUAGCCUUUUCACUUGUCUGCUUUUAAAAACUGGUCUUGAUUUUCCUGUAAAGACUUUUUUUUUCCAGUUUCUCUUUGCAUGUGGGAGUAACCUCAAAUACUGGCCCUUAAAAGUUUUCUAUUACAUGUGAUCUUGAAAGCAAAAAGUGUUCAAAUAAAAGAUAAGCACGCUGUGAUACCAAAAGUUAAAUAUUUAACAUAACCUUAACUGCAAUUCAAAUAAUGUUCCCGUCCUCAACAAUUGUCAUGGACUCUUGUGAGUUCUAUCCCAACUUGGACAAUAAGGAAAACUAGAAUGUCUUAAUAUGGUAGUCUAUACUACAGCAACAGCGUAACAGAUCUAAACAUAGGGCCACAGGUAGAUUGAUUUAAACUAAGGCAACUUAAGUUGUUAAGAAAGACUCAUUUUAAACUCUGACCAUCAUUCCAGAAUUUUUAAUAUAAAUGAACUAGCUGUAGCAUUAUACAAAAAAAAAUUCAACAGCUCAUAAGAGGAUCAAAACUUAGUAGUACAAGUAUGUGCUUUUGGUUUGGAUUUAACAUUUUUAAGCCCUACAUAUUAAGAAAAAAUCCUGUAUAGAGCAUAACUGAUGUUUAUCAUUGUGUAAAUUAAUGCUCAUAGAUGGCAGGUAUCAUGCUAUUUCAAAGUUGAUGUCCCUAAGAGUUUUCUCAACAUACUACCAAACUUCUUUGAGUGAAUAUGGGGUUUUUUUGUUUCAAAAAAUGUUUAGUAUUUUCCUCAUCACCCUUUUGAUCUCCCAUUUUGGUCACAUGAGAAGUAUCUCCACGUACAUAUGCUUAGUUGAUAUAUCCGUCUGAAUAGAUGUGCCUGAAGAGUGCUUCUGAGUUGUACAAUUCUUUCAGUGUUUUGAAAGAAAUACAAUAAAAUGACUGUUUUGCUGGC